AUAAUAUCUUCAAUUAUUUUUUAUAUAAAAAAAUAAAUAAACAAACAAAUCACAACAAACUUUUAAAUCUUUUACGUGAUUUGAGAUUUUGGGAAAUGAAAUGAUAAUAUUAUGCGUAUCAGAUCGAUCCAAAACCAAUUUGACAUGUAAACUAAAUCAUGAAAAUAUAGAAUUUCAGAAAAAAUUGUGGAUUCCUCCUAUAUUAAUCAAUACUGCUUGUUCGAUACAAAGCCUAUACUCUCAAAAAAAAAAAAAAAAAAAAAAACCUAAGCUCUUGAAGAUCGAUCAUUCAACAACAACACGAUGGUUAUGGUUAGAGUUAGAGAUCAUCGAUUUCUUAAUCUCAAGCUGUCUCCUAUACAAGCUCCUACUACUAUCCCCCCUUGCCGCCUCCCCAUCGUAGCCGCUACAAAAGCCUCUGCAACAGUUUCUUCCUGCGCAAGCAACAGUUUUUCUGUAGCUAAUUUGGACAGAAUCAAUGUUCUAGGCAGUGGAAACGGAGGAACCGUAUUCAAAGUUAAAGACAAGACAACCUCAGAGAUCUAUGCGUUGAAGAAAGUAAAAGAAAACAUGGAUUCUACUUCCCCCUGCCGCGAGAUCGAAAUCCUUCGCGUAGUCAACUCUCCUUACGUCGUAAAGUGUCACGACAUCUUCCAGAAUCCUUCCGGAGAAGUAUCUAUUCUAAUGGAAUACAUGGAUCUUGGUACGCUCGAGUCUCUAAGCGGUGUUUCAGAGAACCAACUAGCUUUGAUGGCUCGUCAGGUUUUGGAAGGGUUAAACUACUUGCACGAGCACAAGAUCGUACAUAGAGAUAUUAAGCCAGCGAACCUGCUACGUAGCUCGAAAGAAGAAGUCAAAAUCACUGACUUUGGAGUGAGCAAGAUCGUGGUCAAGUCUUUCAACAAGUGCAACUCGUUCGUCGGCACGUACGCCUACAUGAGUCCUGAGAGACUCGAUAGUGAAGCUGAUGGUGUUACAGAAGAAGACAAAUCAAACGUUUACGCCGGAGAUAUAUGGAGUUUUGGGCUUACGAUGCUCGAGAUCUUGGUGGGUUACUACCCGAUGCUUCCUCAAGGACAGAAACCAGACCAGGCCGCGAUAAUAUGCGCCGUGUGCUUUGGAGAACCACCGAAAGCCCCUGAAGAAUGCUCUAUCGAGUUGAAGAGUUUCAUCGACUGCUGUUUACGCAAGAAAGCGAGCGAGAGAUGGACAGCUUCACAGCUUCUCAACCACCCUUUUCUUCUCCACCAAGAUUAGGGUUAGGGCUAUCUCCCAAGAUAUUGUAUUUGGAUAAUGAAAACAUUAGACUCUGAGUGAUCCAAAGAGAGAUCAAAAGAUACACCAGGUUUGACUCAAAGAUCUUGGUGUACCACUUGUAAAGGAGAUGAAGAUGAUGACAUUAGUGGAUUUCCGGGAGUAAAAACUCCCGGCGAGAUGUAGGAUCUCCACAUUGGAGAUCUGAACUCGUUAAAUUCUUUGUGUCGUUUACGAUUUCGCAAGCUAGAUCUUGAUCAUAUAUGUUACAAACGAAAAAUCGAGACAGGAAGAGGGUGAAAGUAAACAUGAGAGUGUACAAGAUUAAUGUAAUAAUAGAAAAUAACUAGUCACAAAUUUCCUAUAUGUUCUAUCUAACUCAUACCCGUUCAGGUUAUGUUCCUUCCACAUUAACACAUGAUGAUAAUUGAUGUUUGUGAUCACCUUUGGGAACCAUUAGGAUCAAGAUUCAAAUGUUGGAAAAGUAAAAUUGCCCUAUAACCAGACAAAAAUUUGGAUUGAAUUUUUCAAAUCAAAUCAGAAUAAGUUGAUUUUGUAUAUCUUAUUGAAAAAUCCAAAUCAAUGUACAUCAGCAAGUUAUAUCUAAUAAUUAAUUUAAAGAGAAAAUUUACAAAAGUUUAUUAGCUUGAAUUUGUUUUGUAUAGGGAGCAAAUAACUCAAACUCUUUUAUAGUC